CCGGGCGUCACGGGACAGACCGGGCUCCUCUUCCGCCGCCGCCGCCGCCAUGUUGCUCUCCUGCUUCCCGGAGCUUUACUUCAACGUAGACAGCGGCUACCUGGAGGGCCUGGUGCGCGGCUUCAAGGCCGGGGUGCUCAGCCAGGCCGACUACCUCAACCUGGUCCAGUGCGAGAGCCUGGAAGAUCUGAAGCUUCAUCUCCAGAGUACGGACUAUGGGAACUUCCUGGCAAAUGAGGCCUCUCCUCUCACUGUCUCUGUCAUUGAUGACAAGCUUAAGGAGAAGAUGGUUGUGGAGUUCCGCCACAUGCGGAAUCACGCUUACGAGCCUUUGGCCAGCUUCCUGGAUUUCAUCACCUACAGCUACAUGAUCGAUAAUGUCAUUCUGCUGAUUACCGGGACACUCCAUCAACGCUCCAUUGCAGAACUGGUCCCCAAGUGCCAUCCCUUGGGCAGCUUUGAGCAGAUGGAGGCUGUGAAUAUUGCCCAGACACCAGCUGAGCUAUACAAUGCCAUCCUGGUGGACACGCCUCUCGCCGCCUUUUUCCAGGAUUGCAUAUCUGAGCAGGACCUGGAUGAGAUGAACAUAGAAAUUAUACGAAACACUUUGUAUAAGGCUUACCUGGAGUCCUUCUACAAGUUCUGCAAGAGCCUGGGAGGCACAACAGCAGAUGCCAUGUGCCCGAUUUUGGAGUUCGAAGCGGAUCGCAGAGCCUUCAUCAUCACCAUCAAUUCCUUUGGCACCGAGCUGUCCAAGGAGGACCGCGCCAAGCUCUUCCCCCACUGUGGCAAACUCCACCCCGAGGGCCUGGCUCAGCUCGCUCGGGCAGAUGACUACGAGCAAGUCAAAACUGUGGCCAAUUACUACCCGGAAUAUAAAUUGCUCUUUGAAGGAGCAGGUAGCAACCCUGGUGACAAAACUCUCGAAGACCGAUUCUUUGAGCACGAGGUGAAGUUGAACAAGCUGGCCUUCCUGAACCAGUUCCAUUUUGGUGUGUUUUACGCUUUUGUGAAACUGAAGGAGCAAGAAUGUCGCAACAUUGUUUGGAUCGCGGAGUGCAUUGCGCAGCGCCACCGAGCAAAGAUUGACAACUACAUCCCCAUCUUCUGAGUGUUUCCCUUUGUCUGGCAAAGCCCGUAGAUGUCCUGGAUGGCUUCUUCAGCCCCGCCUGGGGAAACAGGCAGGAGGGUUUCCACACCUAUCCCCCUUUCCUGUUGGACUCCUUGUGCCUGCCAGAAUCGGACAGGCUAAAUCGUGCUGUAUCUGUAUUGACUCGUCGUGCUGUUGAGAAGGCAUCUUGCUGGGCGCAUCAGAAGGUUUCACAUCCGCAGCCAUCCUGGGGGCCCCAUUUGGGACCCACCGAGUGACCAGUUUGUUUCAUGACCACCAUCAUCGGGGCUUUUCAGCCUAGGUCAGGGCGGCCCUUCUGAGGCACCCUGGAAGUGGCUGCUUAGCAAGUGAUCCUGUGCUUGGAGUGCUGCUAGAACGACAUUCCCCCGCCCUUAAUUCCCCCCUCCUAUGGGCCUACCCCUGCUUCUCCCUUCCUGGGUGGCCUCUGGGUCCCCAAACAGGCCCAGCCUUGGCUUGGCUGGGCUCCAUCCUGUCUUCUCCAGAUGGUGGCUCUGACCUUAAGCAGCAGCUCCAGCCCUCCCUGUCCUCCUGCCAAUAUGGUCAGCGGUAGGUCUUUCCAAGGGCCCCGAAGGUCUUGACCCCGAGCUUAGGCAAGGAUCUCCCUGCCUGGGACGGUUCUGAGCUCUUCCCACUCCUUGUUUUGGGCACUCAUAAGGCCUGGCUGGGCACCUGCAUUAGCCCAUUUACCUGAGUCAGGUGAGGCUGGUGCUUUUGACCUCAAAGGCAGCUUUUCUCCCACCAGCCGUAAUCCAAAAAGCUUCCCUCUGAACGGGCCCAAAGCUCUUGUUGAAAAUCCUAUGUUUUCAUUGAGAGUAUGCAGUUUGGCCCCUAAGGAAUUGUGGGGGGGGGUCAUUUCUUUGUUGCCAGGCUUCCUACACUUGAGUAGCAAAAAAUGAUAGACGUCCGUUCCUUUGCACCCCUCUUCAGAAAAUGGGCUUGGUCUGCCCCAUCCGGCUUCCUGAGACCCGGGUCUCCUCCCCUGUGGGGGCAGUCAAAUGCUGCCUUUUCCUGGCUUUUGUGGGUGAGCGAAGUCAGUCCAGUCAGCCUCCGUGUGUGUUCAGUGAUUGUAUUGUUCCCAGUGUUUGUGUUUCUUCCUCUUAAACCGUGUAAUGAA